GGUACUACAACUUGGUACCUAAAACAGCUGUUAGGAAAAAUAUUUUAGCUUAAUAUCUAAAUCUAAACAAAAGAAGUUUUAAAAGAUAUAUAUAUAUGAGAAAAUGAAAGGCUGUACAAGUACUUUAAAAAUUAAAUAAAAAACUGCCAGGCAACGCACAGAAAAUCCUAUAAGCUUAUCACAAAAAAGGCCUUGAAACCCAAUCAUGAGCCAUUUGGGCCUUACGGAUGUGCAUCAAUCUCAGGAUGCUACUCCGGAUUUGGAAUCCUUCACAGGUUUUGGUAAUUCCGCUGCAGAGGCUUUUAUACAAAGUCUCGCAGGAAUGGUGAAUCAGGGAGAUGUGGAAACCAUGAUAAGGGCUCAAAAGCAAAUGCUGCAACGCUUCGAAAAAACCAAUGAGAUGCUUCUUAACUGCAAUGCCCUAUCCCAGAGUCGGCUGAAAAGUGCCAGCGAGGAUUUCAAAAGACAUGUAAAAUGCCUUAACGAUAUGAAAAAGGAUCUGGAUUACAUAUUCCGAAAGAUAAGGGUCAUCAAACAGAAGCUGCAAUUACAGUUUCCCGCCAUAUAUGCUGAAGUACAGCCGCAAAGAAGCAGCUUGGCGGAGGAAGCCGAGGACGACACAGAAGCCCAAGCCAAAAAGAACACAGAAACACCUGCUUCAUCGGCAGGAAAAUCUGUUCCAACCUCUUCAGCCACUAAGAAAAGUGCUGCCACCAUUGAGUAUGUGCAAAUGGAGGAGGCCGUGGACAAUGGCACUGUGGAGAUCGAAAACGAGCUUAUCAAACGCGUUUGCUCCGUGGAAACGGCCAAUCCUAAUGAUUCCUCCGAUUGCACAUCCGAGGACACAGGCUGAAUUUAGUUAGCUUUAGAUAUAUAUAUGGUAUAUGUUUAUAAUUUAUAAUAACUUAAUCGUUUAAUAUAUAAUGUGCUAUAACCAA